ACUUUCAAACUCUUCUCUCAGCUGUGGCUGGCUCUCUUGAGCAUCUGCCACAUACUGGUGACUCUUGGGUGUGAUUUAUCUGGAUAUUCUCACUAUGGACCUGAGCAGACAGGCAUGGUUACUGUCCAAGCCUAUAGGAAUAGCUUCAGAAGCAUCUCCAUUGGGACAGAACAUGACUGUCAACCCUGGUGCCUCCAUGCCUACAUUUGCCACCUUGCCUGUUCUCCCACCUGCCCCCCAACCAGCACCCCAGAUAUUUUGGGAGCCCCCAGCACCCCUCGUGACUGCAGGCAUCUCUCCCAGGAAUCCUUUAGUCCUAUCUGCCUUGCCUGGGAUGUCUUUGGUGGCAGAAGAUGGAAGCACUGCCCUGAAUACCGCUGUUCCUCUGAACAUUGUACAACUUGGAACACUAGGCAGGCCUGUCCAGCCUGUGUACAAUGCCAACAUUGUUUUCACUCAGGUGCCUCUCAAUUGUAAUGUCCCUGGGACCCAAGCUGGGAGUGUGGGGUGCUCUGCUUCACUUUUCAUGACAAUACCUGCUGCAAACACCUUCAUAAAUGCCCGAAUUGCUUCGGCUGUCCAGCCCCAAGAAGGAACAUGGGUCCUGGGACCUCGCCCUCCCACCACACAGCAAGUGGUCCAGCUGCUUCCAGUCAGGUCUCCAGUGAACUCAGCACCACCUCCAAAAGGAGCAUAUGGUGAGAGUGGCCCAGCCAACAUCCAAGCCAACUCUCCAGAAAACUACUUGUCCAAACCAGACAGUGUCUAUGGGAACUUCCGGCGCUGGCAGCAUAUCAAGACACUGGUCCAGAGGCACCUGCCCCAGACUCCUGAUGUGGCAGCUUUCUCCUGUUUCCUCAUUCCAGUGCUUCGGUCCCUGGCCCGGAGGAAGCCCACCAUGAAUGUGGAGGAAGGCCUGUGGAGGGGUCUUCAGGAAUGGCAGUGUACAAGCAACUAUGACCGGAUGAUCUUCUUUGAGAUGGCAGAAAAGUUCACAGAAUUUGAGAGUGCAGAAGAGAUGGAGAAUUCAAGGCUAGAGGUAAUGAGGGGCAUCCAGUGCCAAGUUCUUGCAACCACACCAAGGCAAGCUCCUCCAAGACUCCCAGCUUCUGAGGUGGCUGAGGAACCAGAGUGUACCUCCAUGAAGACUGUCCCCAAGACUGACCCUGCCCACCUCCCAGAGCUCAGACACCAGCAGUUACGAAAGACGGAGACCCCCAUGGAAAUUCCACCUGAAGCUGUGUGGGAGUACAUGGAUAUCAUGGACUGGCUGGAGGGGUUUCCUCAGUCAUUCACAGGAGAGCCCAAGGAAAGGGAGGAAGAUGAGAACAGUGGGCCAGAGCAGGAAGGAGAUGACUUGUACUCAGAUGCAGGACUCCUGAGCUACAUUGAUGAGCUGUGCUCACAGAAACACUUUGUUGAGCAAGUGGAGGCCAUAAUAAACCCCCAGUUUGUGGCAGAAAUCCUAUCUACCAAACCAGAAAUGGAUAUACUGGCUCUAACCAAGGAGCUGGAGCAUGAGGAAGAAUUCACUGUUGACCAGCUGCUGGAGAAGCACUGCCUGGCUUUGAAGAAGAAAGAAGUUGAGAGAGCACCUCCAAAUCCUGGUGCCCCUCAGAUACCUGCCAGUGCUUCUGUACUGACUGUCUGCCAAGGUGCAGAGAGAGAUGGGCAUGGUGUCCAAAGAGGAGCCAGUGCACAGACUGGUUCCUCACGAAUGGCUUCCUUAGACCACCACUAUCUUGGAGCCACCAGUGCAGAAAUAUGGGGGUUUAAGCCUGCUGCUGUCCUCCCAAGUAAUCAAAGUUCACCCCCACUGGCAGACAUCAGACCCACUGGUAUUCCCUGUGGCAGAGGAACACAUAACCAAAGCCCAGGAUCCAGAUGUACAGGGAGCCUCAGAGAAGCUUCUGCUAUUGAGGACCUCCAUGGGCCACUGGACAGAACUAUUGAGGACGAUGACGACGACGAGCUGUACAGCCUGUCCUUCCUCCUGGCCUCCCAGUUGACGCUGGUGCCCUGGACACUAAAUGAGGAAAUGUACCCAUAUGUAGAUCUCUCUGAUUCUGUUUGUAUCCCCAAACCAUGUCCAAAGAUAAGGGGCCUUAGCCCUGAUCCAUAUCCAAUUGCCAAGUCUAAGAAGCAAGCUCUCUUUGAAGGCUUGGUUCCUAUGGCUAAGAGGCCUAACUUAGUGCCUGGUAAUGGGGUGUCUGAAGGCCCACUCUCAGCUCUGGAGCUGGCUUACCUCUCACAGUCUCAGAAGAGGAAGUAUGAGCCACUAGGUACCCGUAAGAGAAAGAGGAAGAAGAGGUAUUGAGCCUCCUGUGUGAUAUCCCCUAAAAGUGAGCAGAGAUUUCACCUUGCCUCUAUCCCAAACCCCAGAGUGAGGAAAAACACAGCUCUUGCUCACUCAGAACUGAUCCAGCUGCUGCCAAGGGUAGAUCUAGAAGGUUAGAGGCAUUGAGAAAUAAACACAGGGAUGAGGGGUGGGGCAAGGACUGGGAGGGUGAUAUCACUUUAGGAGUUUUUAAGUUACAGUAAAUAAAGGUAGCUUCAUUG